UUUCCUAUAAGUGUUUUGUGCAAUUUAUUUUAAUGUACAAAAUGAAUAUUGUCCAUUAUAAAUUAUUAAUUAUAAAAUAAAAAUUAAGGGAUAAAAUUUAGAAGAAUCCACCAGAUAUACGUAUAUCUAUGUAUAUAUGUGUGUACAUCAAUCGGAUGUAGAAAAUUAAUUAUACUUGGCGUUAUACAUACAUACAUAAUGUAUAUUGUUUUUUUGUAACUUAUAAAUAGUAUAGGUUUUUAGUAAUUAAAAAUAAAUUUGUAAUUUUCCCAAAAGUUUUUGUAUUAAAUUUAAGAUUAUAAAAUAUGUUAACAUUAUUAAGUGAAUGCCAUUUUUGGACGUGUCGGGAUGAUAAAAUUCGCAUCAAAGAUUUUGAUUUGGGUGCAACUAGAUAUUAUACUAAUAUAAAACGGGACUUUGAUGGAAAAGAUUUAAUUGCAUUGGGGAAAAAAGAAUAUAUAGAACAACGUGAUGGUAUUGUUAUAUUAACUAAUGAUAAAACAAUAAGACUGAAAGAUAAUAUUAAGAAAUUUGAAGAAUUAAUUAAAAAUCAUAGAGUAAUUAAAACAGAGUGGAAAAAUGGUUGUGUCGUACAAAUGUUAUUAGAUAAUGGUAUGAUUAUACAUAUUUGUGUAAAUAAUUUGACGGGAGAUAUUCUACGUAUUGCAUUUGAUAAAUUUUUUAUAGGGAAAUUGGCAUCAGAUGAAAUCACUGACGCAAUUUUUUCAAGGCAAAAUAUUUUAUUGGCAUAUAAUACAAACCAAGUUACUGUCGUACAUUUACAAAAACCAACAAUGAAACGUUCAAGUCCAGAAAAAAUAUCAAAUAUGGAUCCAAAAAUUUAUCAUGUUCUAAUACCUGGAUCUCCCGAUAAGAAAUUGUCAAGGAAUUUGGUUGUUAAUAGAAGCUUUGACUUAAUUAUUGUUUGGACAAAAUCAUCACAAAAUGAAUUAUUUCCAUGGAAACCUACAUAUCAAGAUCAAGAUAGAGCAAAUAUGCAUGUUUUUAAAUUGAGAGAAGAUAGACUUGAAGCAAUUGGAUUUUGUUGGACAGAAAAUGAACCAUUGUGUACGCAAUUUUUAAGAACGGAUGAAAAUAAAAUCAUAACAGUUGAACAGAAAAUUUCUCGUAAAGGUGAAAUAAGUGCAGAUAUUUGCAUUUAUGGAAUUGUAAAAGGUCGUUUACAAAAAACAUCAUCACAUGCUAUACCAAUUGGCUCGCAAAUUUCAAGUCAUCGAUUCAGCCCUGAUCAAGAACGUUUAUUUUUGGGUACUGUUGAUCAUUGUGUAUGCAUAUAUGAUAUAACAAGACAAAAAACAAAAUUUUUACCAAAAACUGAAAUUGCUCCCAAACAUAGUUCAUGGCAUUCAGAUUCAACGGUUAUAUUAAUUGGAAAUGAUGAAGCAAAAUUGCAACUUUUUGAUUAUGCAUUAAAUCCAAUUUCGACUCAAUUAAUGAGUGAAGACAUAAUAUCGUCAAAUAUAUUAGAUAUAUCCGUUUAUUUUAUGGAAAAACCUAAAUUAAUUAGUGCAAGUUUUAGUUUCAAAGUUGAUCGCAAAAUUAAUAAUAUUAAUUAUUCAGGUCAAUCAGAUUUCUUUUUAUUAUUAAUUUUUGAAUAUGGGCCAAUUGCUUGUUUAAGAUUUUAUGGUAAUACUUUUAAAUCAGACAGCGGAUUGUCAGCUGAUGCUUUAAUAAGCAAAUAUUUAAUUUAUAAUCAAUUGGAUAGAGCAGUCAAUUUACUUUUAUGUUCUAAUUGGGAGUCGAACAGUGCUAUGUGUAUGCUUGCUUUAAAUAAAAUUUGUAACUUUGUUGUAACGCGUGAGGAUGUUAAACGUAGUCGAAAUGAUAUGUUGAAAAAAGCACUGCGCAGUUUUACGGAUCAAUUAAGUAAUGAUGUGAAAGAUGAAUAUGGGGAUCAAGUAAUUGAUUUGAGGCGUCGAUUUUUCUUUUUUCUUUUACGAAAUAAACUCUUUAAUGAAAGUUUGGAAAUUGCCCGUGUAGUAUUGGACUAUGAUUUGUUUAUGGAUCUUUUCAAUUGCACCAAAUCUGAUCCAAAUUUAAUAAGUAUAACACAUGAAGCAUAUCACCAAGCUGAACAAAUAGUAAAUCAAACAGAAAAAGAUUCAAAAAGCUCGAAGACAAGUGAGGAUUCCGAAAAACAUAAUAGUGAUGAUGACGAUACAACAACAACUAGUUCCAUUCCAUCAUGUGCAGAAUAUUUAGACAGUUUAAUAUUCUCAUCGGCACCAAAGGAUCCUUACCGUCGAAGAAGUUUGAGUUCUGGGAGGGAAAUUACUGAUGCACAUAAGUACACUGAACACAAUUCAUUUGAAAAUACGUGUAAAGAUACUUUAUUUGGUCAUAAUCAUAUACAACAGCAAUUAAAAGUUAAAAGAUAUCACAAAAAUUUGAAUGAAAUGGAUUUCGUAAUACAAAAUGUUAAAAGUUAUGUGCCUCCAUUAAAAUCAUAUAAAUCCACUGUUAAUAAAGCCGCAAGUGUAAAAAUUAAUAAACCGAAACAAGUAGAAAUUCCUGAUAGCCCAAAUGUUUCAAACGGAUGUUUUAGAUUGUUAAAAAAACCAAAAGAAUCACCCUCCAAGUGUUAUAGUAAAUCGAAUUCUAAAGAUGAAGUAGAUGUUUCUUCUUCAAUGUCGAUUGCUACAAAUAGAAGUUUAAAAAGUAGUAAUUAUCAGUUGCAAGACCUAGUUCCGAACAAGAAUCGCAAAAAGGCGUCCGAUUUGUAUAUAAAUUCCUCAACAAAGUAUCGUUUACCUGAACAAACUAUCGGAAUUCCACUUUCUUUGCCAAAAAUGCCACCACCACUAAAUUUUCAGUCAUCAGCAAUAAAUGCAACUCAUCAUUUCAUUCCAAGAGCAUCUACUACUCAUAGUAAUAACAACUGCAACAAUAACGUAGUUGAAAAAUUAUUUCAUCAUCGGAAGUCAAUGUCACCAGAUCGUCUCUCAAUUUGUGAUCUUAAUAUUAACAACGUCAGUGAAACUCAACAAACACUUUCAACUUCACCAUCGAAAUUUACCUUAAAUAAAUCAAUCGGAAUACCAAGUUUAUUUAAUGAAUCAAGUGUAGGCGUUGACUCAUGCUCUUACACACAAAAGUAUUAUCAGUAUCCAUUAGUUUUGGGCCAUAUUCCUUCAUCUACACCAUUAGAAUUUCCAAGUGCAAUAAACCAGUCAAUUGUUAACAACAGCAAUGAGUUAACCCAAAAAAAUAAGAAAGCAUCGUCAAUUCUUUCAGCUAAUUCCACAAGUAGUUCGGUUGGAUUAAGUCAUGCUUUAAUUACUAAUAAUAGCAGAGUAGAUAUCAAAAGGGAUCCUUUCAUCGAAAAAAAUAAAGUAAAAUUCUCAGAUACCGUUCAAGUAGCUGUAGUUCCCGAUCUGCCGCGCAAAGAAAAGCCUAUACCAAUGAAACGUAAUGGUUUUAUAUUUAGUUCUCCUAGUUCUAAAGGCAAUUCAUAUGUCAUGGAUCCAGAAAAAGAGUUAGCUGAAAGCUUACCGUUAUGUAACCCUAGGGAGGAAUAUUUGAAAGACUUUAAUCCUGUUUUAGCUAAUGAAAGUGUUACUCAAACAGAUCGCAACAAUUUGACUGAAAGUGGGGAUCUUCAUUCUAGCUUUAACGAGAACCAUAUUUUAAUUAAUAGAAUUGCUAAUAAUAAUACAGAUGCCAGCACGAAUAUCAGCGCCAACUCAAAUAUCUUAAAUUACAAUAGUAGCGAUAACAAUAAUGAUAAUCCUAAUAGUGUUAAUGACAAUAAUAAUAACAAUAAUGGGUCCACUAUUAAAGUGGUUCAUUUUGGUAUAGUUUAGAAUAAUUUAUUUGAUUAUUUAUUAUAUG